AUGCAAAAUCAGACUACAGUGACUGAAUUUACCCUGACUGCCUUCCCUAUUCUCCAGAAUCUUCAGAUUUCUCUCUUCUUGAUCCUUUUGUUUACUUACAUGCUUACUCUAACAGGAAACAUUGUCAUCAUUUCCCUAAUAUGUUCUGAUAAUCGCCUCCAAACCCCAAUGUAUUUCUUCCUCAGUAAUUUGUCAUUUUUGGACAUUUUAUACACAACCUCAGUUACCCCAAAGUUCUUAGCUUGUCUCCUAGAGGACAGGAAAACCAUAUCUUUUGCUGGCUGCAUCACCCAAACAUACUUCUUUUUUCUCCUGGGGACAGUGGAGUUUACCCUCCUGGCAGUGAUGUCCUUUGACCGCUAUGUGGCCAUCUGUAACCCCCUGCGCUACACCGACAUCAUGAACAGCAGGGUCUGUCUCCUGCUUGUUUUGGGCUGCUGGAUGGGGGCCUUCCUGUCAGUGCUCUGUCCAACUAUUGUGGUGUCCAGAUUGCCUUUCUGCUAUAAAGAAAUUCGUCAUUUCUUCUGUGACAUUGCCCCUUUACUGCAAGUGGCCUGUAUUGACACUCAUUUCAUUAAGAUGAUAAACUUCCUCUUAUCUUCCCUUGUUCUCCUGACCUCACUGGUGCUCACCACCAUGUCCUAUACCUAUAUCGUUUCUAUCAUCAUGCGCAUCCCCUCAGCCCAAGGACGUCAGAAGGCCUUUUCCACCUGUGCUUCUCACAUCACUGUUGCCUCUAUUGCCUAUGGAAGCAACAUUUUCAUGUAUGUGAGGCCUAACCAGAGCUAUUCACUGGAUUUUGACAAAGUGACAGCUGUUCUCACCACAGUGGUGACCCCUCUUCUGAACCCCUUCAUUUAUAGCCUAAGAAAUGAAAAAGUAAAGGAAGUUUUGAGAGAAGCAGUCAACAAAAUUCUGUCUUUAUUGUACAGGAGAACUUGCAGCAUUAUUGCACAGGGAACUUGA